AGUUCUUCAAAAUGGCGGCCGCCGUGAAUGUUUUGCGAUCAAGAAGUGCGAUCUUUUCAGGUGAUUUCUACCGUGUCUUUGAGAAAAUAAGUCAGUAAUUGAGGUUUAUUGAUGCAAUUCACUGAUGUAUAGGUAGUUUAAACAUUCAUUGGCUAUUGAUCAUCUUCCUGACAUUUUGUAGCCCGUGAUGAGACCUGGGCUAGAGUGGUUGCCGGAUUUGAAGCCCUGUCACCCUUGCAGAACUGUAGUAAGGGUGAUGAUAGACAACAGAGAUGCUAACCUCUGGAGAUCUAAAAUAUGGGCUCUGUCUCCCAACAUUAACCAUGUACCCCUUCCUACCUCCCCCUCAGGACAUUCCAUUUUUUAUCCGCAUUCCCCUCCCCCCUUCCCCCCCCCCCCCCACUAUGGAAGGCAUAAUUUAAUAAUGUCUAGAAUCAAGAUCUGGGGGAACCCUGCCCUCCAUACUGUGUGGUGAGAUAAGGGAUCUGUAGCAAUCAUAAGUUAAGAGAUAAGGGCCUGUCGGAAUCAUGCCUUUCAUUGAGGGGGGAGGGGGUGCAGAUAAAAAAUGCAAUGUCCCCUAAGACACAGUCCCCCACAUGGAUGUGGCUUAGGACAUUAAUUGAUACAAAGUCUUACAUUUGUAGAGACCACCAAAAUUUGCUUUGUUUGUCAAAAAGUCUUUACAGGGCGUGUGAUAAAAUACAUGGAAAUCUGCCACUGAAAUGUUAGUACAUGUGUCAGAUGGCCAAACAUGGUCAAGGUGCAGGCAAGUCAUCUUGUAACUACAUGCAAGCAAUGGCCCUGAGAAACUUAAGUGUGACAACUGCUUUGCUUUAAUUGGAAUUCAAGGUUUUUAAAGUCCUAUCACCUUUUACGGUGUAGGUGCUUUUGGAACAAGGGUAUUUGAGGUGUGCGGGGGUGAAGAGCAAUCAUUUGUGCAAGCCAUCAGUAAUGGGAUGUUGCAAUAUAAUACUACACUCCCAUAUCCUUUCAACAUCUCCUAACCCAUUUUAUUUCCAAACAUCUGUGAACAAAAGUCCCAUGUAUUAUCAUUUAAGUAAUGUUUCAUUUUUUUGGUGCUUAAUUUCAUUUUGUAUUGAGCAUAAUUUUCAAUUUCUAGUCUCAAAAUGAAAUUUAAUUUAUAAACAGUAAAAAAAGGCAUCAUUUUAUGUAUAAUUUAUAAUAAUAUACCUUUUGCAGUUACUCAUAUGAUUGAAAAUGGAUACAUGUAUUGGUUUCCUACAAGACAAAAACUCAUGAUGGUAAGAAUUACUUUUUAAUAAAGAUACCAGCUAGGUUAGAGGGUUUUCUAGCUAGUAUUAGGACUAUUUAAAAGGUCUCCUGUAGAGUGGUCCCACCAAAAAAAAUUAACUUGUUGAAAUCCUAUUAUCUUUGCAGGCUGAUAAUGGAAAAAAAAAAAACGUUUGCCUCUUCCAAAAACUGUGUAGCCUUAACUGGUUUCCUACCAAACAUAUACACUAUAUAGUCCCUUCAAUGAAGUGAUUAUGGCCAGUGUUCUGAAAGAAAUGUUUCCCUAAAAUUUGUUCCUGGUAAUUGACAAUAUAAGACUGCUUUACAUGUUAUACUUCUCAAAGUUGUCUUUUGGAGGUAUCCACAGAUAUCGGGACUGUUAACAGGGGAGUGUAUAUUUUUGCAUUUUCACUCAUCCUUAAGAUGUGAUCAGAAAGCUGACAUUUUUUUUUUUACAUUCACACAAUCAGUAAAACAGUUACAUGUGCACUUCACUAUCUUUUCCUUCACCAUAGAAAGAGUUGUUCAGAUGCAUUAGCAAUUCCAGGUCUGCUAAUAAAACAGAUGAUGAGCAAAACUUAACAGAUGUCCACACAAAUGCUGAACCAGAGGUUGAUCUCGGAGAACUUGACCCAGUGAGUAUAUCAUGGAAUUUGACAUUACUACAAGUUUAAGUUAUUGCUUUGAUUUAGGCUAUGUUACAAAUACCUGUUUACAGUGGGACUUUAUACAAUAUCAACUAUGUUGUAAUGUUUUGUUGUUGCUAUUGUUUUUGUUUUUACCAGGCCCUUCACACAGUGUCCAAUGUUGGUCAAUUCUACACGGUCCCUAAGGAAAUUUCAAAGAAAGUUCUUUCUCCUUUCCUGACUAAGAAGUUUAAGUCACAGGUACAGUACUUACAAGUGAAUGGUAACCAUGACAACUCCGUUGGCAGUGACUAAGACUACCUGGAACCGUUGCUUGAAAAAUUUAGAGCAUAAAGAAUAAAAUAACACAUGAUGGGUUAACCCUUUAGCUCCCAAGAGUGACCAACAUCAAUUUUCUCCUAAAUUUUAUCAAUAUGUAAUCAACAGAAAAGCAUAUAUGCCAACUCUCCCGGAUACAGCACCAAUCUCCCGAACAAAAUUGACUUUAAGUUUUGAGUAUUUCUGUGCUUUAGUUUGAAAUUUAGCCCCUUUUCUCCAAAAUAGUAUGGUUUCAAAGGCGUUUUGCAUGUAUUAGUCACUGACUGUAUUCAUGUAAGGCUUCGUAUAAUGUCCUAAGCCAUUCCCAUGACUGUCAUAAUUUAAGGGCUGGAUAAAUUUCUCGGGUGGAGUGGGUAGGGGGGGGGUCUGAGGUGAGGAUUUGUUGACAUUCAGGGGGGAUAGUGCAAGACGUAGAGUCUCCAGUUUUUAGACCUCAGGAGGUUGGCAUCUGUGGAAAAGGUCUUGAGAAUUAAUAAACUGAUCACCAAGUGGAAAUGCUUUGAUCUUUUAACAAACUCUAUCAACUAAUUUUUAAGAAAAUAUAUAGAGAACAGUCGGGAGAAUAUCUAUGUAGAUAUUGGAGAUUAAAGGGUUAAGAUACCAAAUUCUUAUCGAGCGGGUGAGAUGCGCAGAGAGCAAUGUAAUAGUGUGGAAGACGUUGUCCACAUGUAGUAAGACAAGCCAAGUGGCAUGUAAUCUAAAAAGGAUAACUGUUAACUACAGAGGCUGUAUUCAGUGAGGAUUUAACUUAAUGCAAACCCAGUAAACACUAUUUCUUUCUCUCCCUGUAUCAGUGUGACAUGAUGGGAAGCACAAGUUUAAUGAUACGAAAGCCUGCCCUGGAGGUUCUACAUCACCUGAAAGCAAUUUCACAAGACACACAUCCACCACCUAAAUUUAUUUUCUGUAUCCUUUAUUCCAACCUCCAUCUACACCAUAAAUAUGCUUCCCUUUCAUUCUUGCAGUAUGCACCUUGUUGUCACAGCCUUGCCACUCAACUUCUUAGUUUAACUCAAUUUUUACCUAAGAAUAAGCCUGCAACACUCUAGUGUUCUUUUAAAAGUUUAGCUUGUUUUCCCACUUUUGUCUCUCUUGAUUCACUUAUCCCAUUUUACAGUCAACUCUUGUUAUUGCAGACACCCCUCAGCUUGGAACCAUGAGUUACAUGUACUAUGCCUAAAAGUGAAUGUCCAAAAUAGCAAGAGUUUAUUUCUGUCAAGCUUGUAAUUAAUUUUUGCUGAUGGCUUUAUUGCGGUCAGUAUUAUUGAAGAGUCUGUAAUAGCAAAAUGCCCAAGAGUUGACUGUAAUGAGAAUGCCAGACUCAGUGAACCCAGUAUUUCAUGGUUAUUUUAAAAGAUAAGUGGUGACUUUAGUCUUAAUGUAGGCAUCAGCACCACUCGUUCUUUUCACCUCUUAAUCAAAAUGCAACUUUUCACCCAUGUUCAUAUCAUCAUCAUCAUCAUCAUUAAUUAUCAAUUCAAAUUCAGUGACCUAAAUUCCAACAAAAGUAUUUGAGUCAUGGUGAAGAAUACUUGAAACUUUUUUUUCUUAAAUCAACUGUGUUUUUGAUGAAAAUGCUUCUUUCCUUCUCCUCUCUAAUUUGCUCUCACGUUUGCAUCACUGGUGCCUAGGCAAUCAACAGGGGAUGAGUGUGACGGGCUUUUUGUCUCUCCAUAUAUAUACAGCUGAUGCAAUACAUGUAAAGGUUGUUUUGGGCAUUGGGAAUUGCACUCCAGGAAGCUAUGUUUGGUGGUCACUCAACCAAAUCAUUGCAGUGACUUCCUUAUGCCCAAAUGCCCAAUGUACAUGUACAAUUAUUGCCAAUGCCCAAAGCAACCUUUAAUGAAUAAUCUAUAUACAUGUAUCCCAAACUGCACUUUCAAUUUGCUGGUUUGUGUGAGUUUGGCUAACAUUAUAGGAAAAAUCUAGGAGAAGCAAGUGUUCUGUGGUUGGUUGGUUUUCGUAGAAUUCUUAACAUGACUUGAUAACAGAUGGCAUGGAUGGAUGUGGUAAAUCUUCAUCCCUUGCUCACGUUAUUCACUAUUGUUAUUCUGCUGGCUGGUUUAUUCUUCCUGUACCCAGCGGUAAGUUUUAACCACAGUAAUAAUGUGAUGCCUCCCACCACCAGCGGGAAACAGGGAGUCCAACUUCCUGCCUCCCAUACAUUGUAUUCACUAUUGUUAUUCUGCUGGCUGGUUUAUUCUUCCUGUUCCCAGUGGUACAUUUUAGCUAACAAUGUGAUACCCUUGGGUAGGAGACAGGGGAGUCCAAACCUCCUGCUUCCUGUACUGUGCAUUCCCUUCUGCUACCCCCUUUUAUCUUUUUCAUUUUCUUUUCCUUUUUUGAUUGCAAAAUACUAAGCAUUGUUGGGACCAAUUCAGGGAAAACUUUCCACCUACCACUCCCCUAAGCCAACAUUAUCACUUACUUCUCACUGAGGGCAAAAUGUUGGCUUAGGGGAGGGGUAGGUGGGCAGUUUCGCAGAAACCUUAAUUGAUCCCAUUGUUGCAUAACUUCCCCCUAUUUACCCCGCUUUGCACCCAUUUAGAACUCCCUCCUCAGUCCCACUCUAUUCUUAACCCUAAGAGACCACCAGUUGUUUGAAGCAUUGCUACUUCUAUAUUUGUAAACAAGUAAUGUUUUGUCGCUUUUUAUUGUGAUUUCAUGGCAGUAUUUAGCUGGGUACAUGGAAAAUCCGAGUUGCAGAUGUCAACGUUUCAUGCGGGAAGAUUUGACCAACCACAACAGGCUUCUACCUGGCUUCAAAUAUGUCGGACGAUCAACAGCAAGAUUUUCUCAGAGGUGAAUUAAAACUGAGUAACAGUACGUAUACAACGAAACAAUCUUAAGUAAUAUGUAGCGAACACUAAGCGAACUCGACAAAUAGCCAAACCGGCUGUUACCGUGUCCAUACUUGGAUGUCUUUGUGAGUUACGCAACUAUCAUUAUUUUUUCAGCUGAAGACAAGCCAGAAAUACCACUUUGGUAGGCGAGACUCAACUGAAGCUGGAGAUCCAUUAGCAAGAGUAAUAGAUCUGGUAAAGAACAGAUGCUUGUUAUCCCCCCCCCCCUAAUUACGAUAGCGCGGGAUCAGUUUCUAGAAAUACAACGCUCAUAUUAAUUUGACCCCAUAAAGUGGCUUUAGUUUGGUCACUGCACGACGGUUCAAGCACUGCCUGAUUUCCAUAUCACGAUUGUUGUAGUCGUUGUAAUCACUCGAGGAUCUCUGCUAUUAAACUGGAAACAGCUCUUCAGUAAUCGUGGCGAAAAUAAUUGCUGAUAGUAGACUAAGGUCCAUUUACUGUCUUUGACAGAAUCAUCAAUCCCAGGACCGGCCAUUGUUCUUACUGAGUCGUUGCUUUGGGUUUUAAUUACUGCUGGACCCGCUCGCAGGAAUUUUUUUUCAGACAAGUUUCCCUUGCCGAAUUUUUUGUUCUGGAAUUGUCACCCCACCUUCGGUUAUUUCUAACGGUCCACCCCUAAGAACACAAGACAAUGACCCGGCAUGGCCUGAACUUGGACUUCUUGAUGCGCAGUCCAAAGCACUAAAUCUGGGCUACCUAUCUUUUUCACAAACAUCUUUGAAACAUUGUCCACAUCUGAAUCGGCUCCUUAUUUCUAUUCCAUGUAGGGUCUUCAGAGAGGUAAUUACGCGACAGAUGCUGUUGGAGUCUUACUCAAGGAAAUAAAAAAUAACACCAGGUACUGUGGAACUUGGACCGCAUUAUCUCCACGCUCUUUUCUACUUAGGUAGGGUGGGAAAUCGAAUCAGCCGACUGGCCCUUCAGUUUGAUUUUCGUCGGAUUCUUUGGCUGUAAUCGCGGCCAUUCUCUUGGCGUUUGAUGCCGUUGGGUUGCACUGUUACCUCCCGAACACGAUACUGAAGAGAGAUUGUUCGAUCCGAGUCCGGAACGAAAUUUUAAACUUGUAUGAAACAAUUCAAAUCUUGCCAUAUAUCCACCUGCUUCCAACUUGGGAUAUAUUCCGGGCAAUUUUUUGCAUUGAAACACUGUUCCCCGGGGCCUUUAAAACCCUUUUUUGUUUUCCUGUCUUGUUGAUUUUAUCUGAAAUCUGUUUGUUUAUUUGUUAUUUAUUUGUUUUUGCAGUUUACGAGUGCUUUUUGCUGUCAACGAGUUUAAUGGAUUUUUCCUGAAAACUUCCUUCAUGGAUGCUAAGCAAAAAUAUGUAUGCCUUCACUUAGCAGUUUUUAUUAUCUAAUCAUUUCUUUUUUCAAUGAAUUCUAACCUCCUUCUUUUCUCGUGCUGACACCCGCUUCUACCCGCCUUGCUAUUGUUUCGCAAUGUUUAUAUUCUGUAAGGUUAGAACUAUUUGUUUUCGUCUUGUCCACCGUAAAUCAAAAGGAGUUGUGAUCACGAAUUCUGUCAUAUUCUUAAUACAAUGGAGCAAUCAAAUUUUUUACAAAGCAAAAAUCAAUCAGCUAACUCGACAUGGCAUGAAGCGUGACAGAACUCUGAUUGCUACCAAACGCGGUUACGUUGCGUUUCCCUGUUAUUUUCUGCAAAGUAACGGCGUAAAACAAAGAGAAAUUCAAACUUUGCGGAAACACGAACACGCUACAGUUAUUUUUCAUGUUUCUGGUGGACGUCUCGUGUUUGCUUAAGGCCUCUGAGUUUGACAGCGAAGCAAAAAGUUAGCGCAAAACAGUUGGAUCAAUUUAGGUUUCGGGGAAACUGCCCACCUAUCCCUCCCGUAAGUUAACAUUAACACUUACUUCUCGCUUAGGGCAAAAUGUUGGCUUAGGGGAGGGGUAGGUGGGCAGUUUCCCAGAAACCUAAAUUGCUCCAAACGUUGUUUUAAAAAAGGUAAUGUUCUUUGUGUUUUCAUUGAUCGAUUGAUUGAUUGAUUGAUUGAUUGAUUGAUUGAUUGAUUGUUUGUUUGAUUGAUUGAUUGAUUGAUUUCAGAUAAAACCCAAGAGACUUAGUUUAGUGCAUCACUUUACAGAACUGUUAGAUCCUUCAGAAGGUUUGGUAAGUAACCCAAACGCAUUUUUUUAAAAGUGGCUAAGCUUAAUCUUUUUCCUACGAAAAAGGUUAGUCGUUCAGCCCAGACAAAAUGCUUGUUUGUUUUUGAGAUACCAGUAGUUACCUGAAGUCAGUGUCUUAUGCAACUCUAGUAUCAGCUUAAGUUUCAGCUGUCAGUCUAAUACGCAUCACGUUCUUUUGAGUCUUCGUCUUCAUUCAUCUCAAUAUUUAAUCCCUUGCAGAAACGCGGAGCAAUGGUGUUUGCGUUAUCGCGCACAGGAAUGGAAAGAACCUACACAAAGUCUUGCGAGAUUGCAGAUCUUCUUGAAGAGGUGACACACAAAAUCCUAUCAAUUCAUUCUAUAUUUCUAAUAAAGUGAUUUUCAUCUGAUGCCAAAGAACUUUGUUAAAUACUUUGCGUUGGCGUUGCUACGCUAUGCACUUGCUUGAAAAUCUUGCACCUCUUUCUCGCCUUGUUUGGUUUCAUGGUUUUAACUAACAAGCCAAGCUACGGCUUGAUUUGAACGAUUUGACAUCUUUGCGAUGUGUUUUGGUGGGUCACAAAAAAUGCAGAACAAGUUUUAAAAAUUUCAGAUAAUUUUGGAGGCGGAGUUAGGGCCUGUUUACACUCUAGGUUGAUGAGGGCUGGGGUUCCCGACCUCUGUGUAAACAGGCCCUUACGCUUUUGCAUGAGAGAUUUUAGCUUUCGUCUUCUUACAUACCCGGGAUGCCCGAGAUCUUCUCGUCCACCAUCGGCGAGGCACCCAAGAUAAUCCCUACAAUUACAAUAGUCGAAGCUGAAGAACACGAUUCAGACGUUUUUUAGCAAACAAACAAGCAAAUUACACCAUGCGACAGUACUGCUCAAGAGGUUUCUGCAUUGGAAUGGUCUUUUCACGGAAUUUCGUACACAGAUUCAACUUAGAAGAACAUGUUCCCUCUCUGGAAGGGGAAGGUUUCAUUUUCAGUUUUCUGAUGCACAACGCCUGCAUCCAAAACAUCACGGAAUUUUAUUGUUUCUGAAUUAUAUGGCACCCAUCAGGCACUAAAAAAUUUGUAGGCAAAAUAGAAAUGUCAAAACAGCGCCAUGGCUCACUGCUAAUCACUGAUUUAAAUUUCAUCAGGACGGUUUAUCAGCAGUUGGAGAUUUCAAUGAUGUUCUGGUGCCUCGUUAUUCUCAAGAAGAACUUGAAUCCUGUCUUCAGUUUUACAGAAAGAGAGGCCUGCUAUCUAAAGGUACUAUCCAAUAGCAGUAAUCAUGAUAACUCAGGCCUUAUGUUGCAAAAGAAGAGAUUAGAUAGUAAGGAUUCUAUCUCUUCUCGCUUACCAGCUCCUCCCCCCUCCCCCAUCCUCAUCGCCCCCCUACGCUUUGGCUCUUGUGAAAGUUCGUGUGUUCAUGAGAAAAUGAAGAUACAACAAAAUAGAGGACUGUACACUGUCUACUGUAGCAAACUGUAUAUCAGUUUUAGUCCCAAGUGAGCUACUCUCUAUUAUGUCGUAAACCAAAGUCACUUUGUUGGUUUCAUCAAUCCACAACAGUCGCAAGCGAUUACAAUGAAACGAAGGGCUGAUUUAUUAGCCAACAAAAAACCAUCGAGGUGCAAGGCCAUAGUAAUUGCUAGAUCACUUUGAAGACUUCAUUGAAGACCGCUCUACGGGCCAUCCUGUCAUUUAAAAUUGGCCAGAGUGUUCUAUGCGUGGGAGUCUUUGCCUGAGGCCACCGUUUUCGCGUUCCACCUCCACACUUACGAAUCUGGGAGUUCCACUUUAAAGCAGAUUUGAUUAAUUUUUUCGACUCCUCUUGUCUUCAUUUCAGAUGUCAAUUCUCGAUUAACAAAGGAGGUGUCUUUUCUUUCUAAUCACGAACCUAAACUCGUUAGUGACUUGUGUAGGCUGGGCUGAAAAUUUGUAGCAAGAAAAUUAAAUUGUGUAUGUAAAUAAACCUCGUAGAAACUUAAAGUCUGCUUUUGCGUUAUACCUUGGUACUCUUUAGCUAAUAUAAAGACGAAUUUUUAAGGCUGGUUUUCACAGGCGACUGAAUCGGACUUGUAAGCGGGGUCGUAAGAGCGCUUAUUACUCAGUGAAAAUCAAAAAUCAAAGCCGCAAUCGGAGUCGCAAGCUGAGUCAUAAGCACAACAGAAUCGGAAGAAUCAGAACUUUUCCAUUUUCUUCCGAAUCUGCUUAUUACUCCGUCGCUUAUGAUGUGGUGAAAACCAGACUGUUGGAGUCGGAAGCAGAAGGAUAAACCAAUCGCAAUAAUCGUUCCCACGCUUUGUGAUUGGUAGAGAUCUUCCGCUUGGGCUUGCGACUUCGACGAACUACGUAAGCGACGGAGUCGUAAGCGGAAUUAUAACGCUGCUUCAACUAGAUUGCAAUGCACCACGCUUCUGAUUACGACUUCGUCUCCGCCGCUAGUGAAAAUCAGCCUGCACGUGUCCAAAGCCAAUCUGUCGCACCUGCUGCAAUUUUUCUCACGUCCAUUAAAAACACAACUCGUACAGUACGCUGUAUCUUCUGUAUGUGUACUGGGUAUUUUUAGGGAGCCCUGUGUUUGACCGAGCAUAUAAGACACAAAAAAUUGUCUGUUGCGUGGCCCAGUGCGAUCCCAAUUCGGUUGUCCUGCGUAUUAACAACUCUUAAUUAUAGUUUUUGUCUUUGUAGUAGUCGAGGUACGUUGACUUGCAUGCGUUAAAAAAAAUGGCGAAGUUUUGAGCUUGACGUUUGUGGGAAAGAAGACUUAGCAAAACUGUGCAAGCUUAUCCAGUAGCGGAUUCAGGGGAGGGGCCCGGGGGGCCCUCCCCCCCUUAUUUUUAGACCAAACUGAAGCCCGAAGGGCCCAAAAAAAUUUUUUGGAGACUGUUCCCCCACCUUAUCUCAGGGUCUGAAUAACCGCCCCCCCCCCCCCUUAUCUGAAGGUCUGGCGUCGCCACUGUUAUCAGUGCAUGCAAGAGCUAAACAAAUAGGCAUUGUCGCACUUCCAACUUGCUUUAACCUGGGAAUCGCAAUAAAUUUCGUACUUUACUUUCGUUCUGUGACACAUUUUCGCCGGCUUCUUUUCUCCAUCCUUCCUUCCUAUUCAAACCCUACUUAUAACAUUUUGAAUUGACCGUAAAAUUAAUUCUGAAUACUGAUUUCGAGUAUGCAAUGGGUAAACAAGUCAGAAUGAAAAGAAACUAGUUCGCUGGCAAGAGCAAUAGCAGGGCCUAAUUCUCAGUCCACAGCUCCGUAGCCCGUUCAGUAGUUUUGGAAAUCAAACGUUUAUUUUUAGAUCUAUGGCUCCGUGUGCGACCACCUCCCGUAAGCGACCACCUCCCAUAAGCCACAACCAUCCAAAACACCAAAUUUUUUCCAGUCAAAGCCCUGUAGUUGGAAGCUCCCGUAAACGACCACCUCGCGUCAGAAAAUGGGAACAUUCUGAAACGACCACCUCGUGUAUAUAAGCGACCGCGACAACGUUUCGGGUUGAUGGUAUAAAAAUGUUUCAUUUUUUCUAACCUCUUGACUUAUGGUGUGAUCUCUAUUUUUGCUGUAUUUACUAUGCUACUUACAACAUAAGAACUUUUAGUGACAACAUGGAACAACACAUACCGUAACUAAGAAAUUGCAUGCAAAAAAUUAUCUUCUAUAAAGUAGAGGUGUCCGGAUCUCACAGACGAAACCCCCUGUGGUUCGACUCUUGUAAACGACCACCUUCCGUAAGCAACCACUAAGUUUUUUGGUGGUUGCUUACGGGAGGUUCGAGUUUAAUGACAAUACACAAACUGAUAACGCAUCCGACACUUAAUUUGAGUAUCGAAUAAUGUUUCUUCUCUGCUUUUUUGGACACUGUCUGUAUGAGUUGGGUCCUAAAAUUUUUCACUUGACUGUCAAGCUAUUGAGAGAUUCGAGGAGAUGAUUAGUUGUUUAGCAGUGCAGAAAUCAAAACUAUUGCUUCUUUUUUUGUCUUGCGUCAAAUGGGGUGGGCAAAAUUCUCGACAACUGUAAAGUUAUUGUUAACCUAAUGCUUUGUUGGCGAAGUAAUUAAUUAAGACUUAGGUUUGUUGACAUUUCAUUGACCAACCUAAAUAAGGGGGUGGUUUUUGUUUAAUUUUGGUUUAGAAACAAAGUUUUGAUAAAAUUUCACAAAAGUGCCCUUGUUCACCAUCGAUUGGUGAUCAUCCUCGGCCAAACUUCGCGAUUUCUUUUUUCGCAUAUUUCAUAUUUAUUCAUCAAUUCGAACAACAUGCAAUUUGUCGGCGAUAAAAUAGAUCUUUCUUAUUGGCAGUGGUAAUUAAAAAACACAUCGUAAUCAACCUUGCAUUGCGCACAGUUAUCUUAAAAUUGAAAUUACUUACGUAAAUGUAAGGGAAGUCAAACAAUAGAAAUCUCUGCAAUUAGUUCCGUAGCGGUCGGGCAAAUGUAAACAAAAUCCCUUCUGUUAGUAAACUUUUAUACUUCCAGGUAAAUAUCUUGAAAAUGGUUCAGAUGGUUGGCGGUUUUCUCCCGCAUUCUACAAAUAUGAUUUAUUUUAUCUGACUGUUGCCUCAGUGAUGCGUGGCAAGCAAAAAGACUGAUGAUUGGGGAUGAUUAAUUCAAAUUAAAUUAUUUAAUCUCAGCAAAGUCUUUUCAAAAUGCUAAUGCGUAGUUAUUUGAAGAAGUUUACGCUCUAGUAAUUUACAUUUCGUAAAGGAACCAAGAUAAUAGCGCCAAAAAGAACACAAGUUUAUUUAAACCACGACAUAGGUGGUUUACAAAGGAUCUCUCUUGCGACCUAAGAGCAACAGUGUGAAAGAGGGACUCUAAAAACGUCGCUACAAAAUUUCUCUUAACGAGGAAGUAUAUUUAUUGAGGACCUCAUAUUGGAGCUGUUUAUCACGAAGAUCAUAUCUUAUGCUGAUCUGUUUGUGCCUAAUCCUUUUACAAGUUGAUUACAGAAAGCUUCUUUUCACUGUCUUUGCCCCUGGUGUUUGCGACGAGCACAAAUAGAAUUUAGAGGCAAGUGUUUGGUUUAUUUUUUGGGGUUUUUGGUGUACCUAUUGCCGCCUGGAGCCUAAGAUUACAACUUAUAAUCUGCUGCUUUCAUCCACAGAUCUGUAAACAGCUGGAGCAGUAUUUGCAGCAAGAAGUCGACGGGACACUAUGAAAAGAUGAAACCCGACAUAUCUAGCGCGAGACGUCCUCGUCUGAUGUUCAUCUUGCUAGUGGUGGUGUUAGCUUCUUUGAGAUUUGAAAGUAAGUAAUCUGAUAAAAUCACAUGAAUAGACUUAGUUAGAGUACUGAGGUCCGUGUGAUCCUUUGGUUUACAUACUAUAUGUACAUUAUGAGUACUUAUGUUGUUAUAGGGAAACCUGUUUGCCAACAUCUUGUAGGCCAUUUCCAGUAUUGAAGUGUUUCGAGAAAUAUUCAUACGCAGAAUUAUAUGUGUACAUGUACCUAUAUUUGUGAGUGUGAAUAUAUCGUAACGCUCAGUAUUGAUGAAAGCGCUUAAAUUUUUCAGCUUUAGACACUUAAUCGCGAAUAGAAAGCAACGCAAGAAUUAAGGAAGACAAUUUUGCAAGGAAUUAAAGUUCAAGAUUUGAAUGUGCCAGGUGUUGAGACUGGUAGCAUUUUUUCCUCUUUACUUGCUUAAACAACCUGUCACCAUUUUCCGCAAUGUCUUGAAAGGUUUGGACACCGUUUUACUGGUAAUGUAAAAGCUUCGCCAUUUGUUACUUUAUACGUAGUCUCCGUUGUCUCAAUUUCGCUGUAUCAUUGUCUUGAGGUACUAAAGAGGUGUUAAAAUUUAGUUACGUAAUGGCUCGUUUAACAGUUCAAAGCCCUGCCCAACAUAAAUUCAAUACAAAAAAACUUUCUCUUUUUUCUGAGGGUAUUAUAUAUUCAAAAGAAGACGGCAAACAUUAAGAUCCAACAGUUGAAGUAUAUGAACAACUCAUUUAAUAAAACUCUACAAUUUAGCAUUUUAUCAGGACUAUUAUUCUUCGCGAGAAUUCUUCUGCUAACAGCUGUAGGAAGGGUAGUAAAUCCUUGCGAACAACCUGUCACUUGGGGGACCAUGCCCCCAUAGACAAAUUUGCUUUUUAUAUACCUUCUUUUAAACUGUUCUCUCAAGACUAUUACAUUCAAUGUAUAUUUUGGGAAUAAUUCCGUGUAGGUAAAACUACUGUCUCGCAUGGCUGCCUUGUGUUAUGUUGGCCAUAGAACUGAUCUUCCACCAGCAUUUUUACCCGGAGACAGGAUCAAUAUCGCUUAAACCGGACCAUUUUGCGAGUUAUCUGAUAGAGAAACCCGCGUACAUGUAAUUGUUUAGACUGCUUCUGAUGGUCAUUUCCCCUUUAAUUAAAACACGACAGAUUUUAUUUCCUUCACAAAGCGGUACAGCUUUGAAAAUGCAAUUAAAACGAGCCUUUUGGCAAGUUGUUUUGACGUUACUAGAGGGUUGCUAGGAAACAAAAUUUUUUAUAAAAAAUUAAUUGUAGCUCGCUUUUUUAAUCCAUCUCCUUCCUAUAAUUAAAUGAAUCUUUAAAAAACAGUUUUGGGAAUUUAGGAUAUAGUAAGCCUAUUAAAGGUUUACUGUUUUAAUCCUGGAUAAGGGUUCUGUUGUGGAAGAUUAAAACAUCUGUCUAGCGUUAACGCACAUUGAGAAUAAGAUUCGUGAGAAAUCGUGAGCAUUCCGGCCCAGAGUACAGACAACGAAUUGAGUUUACUAGGGUCAAAGUAAUUUACCGAAACUUCGAAUAAAUUUAAAAGCAAUAAAAGAGAUUGAAUGUUUGGCCAUGGUUAAAAGGGCCGAUAUAGAAAUUAGUUAGUUUCUUGACGGGCAGUCAUUACUGUAUUUUUCCGUUUGCGAUAUCGGUUAUCUUUAUCACUGAUCGUUUUUACCUUGAAUCAGGAGCACCCAACGACUGUUUCCUGUAAAAUAUCUGUUCGGAGGAGCAAAUAUGGCCUAGAAUUUUCUAUUGCUUGAAAAAUGCUUAAAAUUUCUAGAAGACCUUUCCAUUCAUGUUUAAUUUUCGAAGCUUAUCUAAUACUUUUCCUUACAAUUUUAUGAAGUUUAGUUUUCUCGUUUCAUUACUCAGGUUUGGUUAUUUUUCAUACAAAAAAAUGAAACCUAAAAUUUUCGAAUUCAAAAAUGUGAUGGAGAGAGGAAUCAGAAAAAUUCUCACUUUCCUAAAACGAUAAUUUGCAUUUUAAAUUUUCGGGAAACUAAUACUGAAGCCCUUGUAACAUCGAAAAGACUUAAGUUCCCCUAGGAUGACCAAUCAGACAGAAAUUUUAUAGCGCCGCUUGGAAUGCAUUUCUAAAGAUCUAAAAGUACUCUGGAUAGUCUAAAAAGUGUUUUAAUGUAUUUUGGAGGAGACGGUCGAUGGGUACUCUUGUUGAAUACGCGCUUUAAAAUACAAGUCAGUCGCACAAGAAGUUAUCCGUGCGUUUGACCGCAAGCGGGAAGGUGAAUGAGAAUCGCGUAAAACUAUCACAUAUGCCAAACCUAAACACUAAUGAACAAGAACAAUAGUCAGGUUCCGCUUAUGUGAUGUCCGACGUUUAAUACAGGCCCGCGUUAGCAAUGUUUAGUUUUCCUGUUCCAGAGUACAGUAUUAGUAUAAAUAUAAGUCUGUCGCAGCGUCCAUUUUCAAGCUUAUAAACUGCACCAUGUUUCGUGCAACGUACGAGAAUAAGGAGGGUUCCCACACUGUAUCUCUGUAUAAAUAAAUACAUAAAAUAAAAUAAAUAAUUAAAUAAUGGUUUGGAGGUAGCACAUCCACAUAGUGGUUCUUCGUCUACAUGAUUCCUGGUCGAAUUGGAAUUAGGACAACGCAUAAACAUCAUUUAACGUAUAAAUGUUCAUGAUUCUGUUCAUGUAUUAGGACUUAGUUGCCAUUUAACUACACUUCAAUUCUUGUUUGCUCUCGAAUUGUGGCAGGCACUCAUUAGCCUGCAUAACAGGCGGUUUGCGAGCCAAGUAAGGCGAACGCGACAUUUUGCGCGAAGCUCGAGAUGAGCACGAUUUUUUUAUUCUCCCCUCGUCUCACGCCUUCCGCUUGUUUCGCGCAAAAUGCCGCGUUCGCCUCUCUUGGCUUACAAAGCGCCUGUUGUGCAGGCUAAUUUUACUACACUUCAAUUCUUGUUUGUUCCUGAAUUGUGGCAGGCACUCAUUUCAGGCGCUGCUCUGUUAUCAUUUCUCUCAGUUCGAGAUUGAUGAAACGCAUUUUUUCUAAACAAUCUGCAAACCUCAGCUCAUCCUCAGUGCAAAAAAUUGUUUAACUCACAAGUGACGUAAAACAAACGAAAUAAAGAAGUCAACACAAUAGAAACUAGAAAAAAAAGUGGAAAACAAAGAAAAAGGUUCUUUCACCGAGGUAAAUCCCAAAAUUCAAGAAAAAUCCAAGGUCAUUUGUCAAAUAGGGAUAGUACAACAUGAACGUACCGGCCAGGAGGUUUGAUUUGGAAAGUCAUAACUACAGAGGAUUUCCUUAUUCUGUUCUUUCGUUGGGUUGCUCGUAAUGCACUUGCCGGUCCUGAAGGGAUUGCCAUUGCUUCUUAAAUUAGAAGUACUGUCGUGGGGGGCGAACAUUUGAGGAGCUGUGGUUCGUUUCCUCCAGUCACUCUUCGUGACAUCUUACUCCUCCACUGCAAACUCCAAAGGAACUACUAUAUUGUGUCAGUCCAGAAGAAUUGUGGGCAUCUGCACGUGGACAGAAUUUUCAUAUUUUAACUUUUUCAGUCUAGUACAUUAAAAGUAAAAUGGAGGUUCUUUAUUUCGAUCUCCUUAUUUUGGCUUGAGCAAUUGCUGUUACUGAACUGAAUCCUGACUGAAAUAUGAAUUGUUGUUGAUUUUCCCUUGAAGGCUGUCAUGCUCAGACAAAUCAAACAAAGAUUGAGCAGACUCUCAUAAAGGCCUUGUUUAAAAAUUACGACUCUGAAGGAAGACCAGUCUUGAACCUGUCGGAACCUGUUUUGGUGAAGUUUGGAAUUGUAUACAGUAAUCUUCACAGUUUGGUAAGUGUCUGCUUCUUCGUUCAACCUCACUCAAAUCUCGGUUUACAAUCAACAGCCAGAAAUCAGGAAGUUGUCAUGAGUAUUUAGGCAACCAGGCUAUCCUUUUCCAAAGUUUGCUUGUUUGCUUGUUUUACUCAUUUAUAGUUGUUUGUAACUUUGGUAGUAAAAAAGAGUACCAGCGAUGAGACGAUUAUGUGUAAAAAUGAUAAAAAUAUAUUCAGUCACCUAAACAUGUGUUGCAGUGGCAGUAAUCUUGCUUUAUAAUUUACAAUUGUUGUUUUUCACGUUCCACUAUUCGACUGCCCAAAUUAAGAAGUCAGCGUUGUUGAGGCAUACCUAGAAAAAUUUUAAAACUCAAUGUAUUAUUCCGAGGCUUCUUUUUCUUCCCCACCCGUCCCCGCCCCCCCUCUACCGCUGUCCUCCUUCCUUCUAUCUUUGCUAAAAUGCAGUAGAACUUUGACUCCGAUCUGAGAAGAGAAAUUGGCAAAAGUAACCCCGUUGUUACUUAGCUUGAUACUUUACCAAUAUGUUGUAGAUUUACCAAACACGUUGCAAGUUACUAAAAGAAUCCUUUCAAUAGAAACUAUGUAUUAGGUGUUUCCAUCAUGGCAAACCUUUAUUUUGGCGUAGUGGGUGGUUUAUUGGUUGUUUUGAGAAACAUAAAAACUGUAGACUUUUUGGCGACGUUUUUUGAAAACAAUCUUAAUCGGAAGCGAAGCAUUUUAACGCAAAGAAUCUCAUUAUCUUAGCAAAAUCUAUGAGGAUUACUAACCAAUCUCCAUAUACAUUCUAGCCCAUGUUUCCACUUCAUGCCCAAUUAAAACUCAGAAAAAUAAAGCAAAAUGCCUGAGCUAUUUGACCACACCCAUCAAUCAUUAAAUUACACUUUGCGGCCGUGUUUCCUAGAUUUUUACCUGUUUUGGAAAGCCUAGCUAUGAGAGUUACGCCCUUUGAACUUUAGGCUUGUUCCAGACUCUUAAGUCAUUCAUUCGAAUCGUUAGAUUGAAAACCUUUCUAUUUCACCUGUAUAUAGGUUCAGCUGUUGCCUUAAAUGAAAACACUUUUGCCUUAACUAGUUGCAAAAACAUAUUCAGCAAAGGCAAGAAGAAGGUCCCUUUUUUGGACUAAAACAUAUUUUAUCAAAAAUAAUCAAAAGAGUGUUGUCAUUUACGUACACAAAAACAACAGAAAGAAUAAAUAGAAUGGCGGUAAUCAAUUUGUUUCGCCGGUGGGUGCCAGCCCUAAUUUAUGAUCAAUUUAGUCGUACUUUCCGUUUUUUUUUUAAAUUAAAUGUCGUUUCCUGGUUAUUGUUCUUACAAGCUUACUGUGUGUUAUCUGCGUGACUUUCCUGUUUUUUAGGUCGAUCAAAUGAAUCUAAUUUAGUGAAGCCUUGGUAGGCAAUUUUUACUGCAAUGAAAUAAAAACGGCUUCUUGUAAAAUUUGCUGUUCAAAGGCAGGCAAAGUUUAAAUUAACUAUAAAGAAUUAGCACCCCUACUCAAAGACGUUCCCGCCUUCUCUAAAAUAUUUAAGCACUUGGGAUGUUGGGAGAACACGAGAAGUGCUUGUAAAUCGCGAGCCAAAGGUGACUGAUUUACAAGCUUUUCGAGUGUUCUCUCAACAUCCCAAGUGGGUUAUCACGCCGGUAAACCCAUAGAAAAGUGUGGUCUAUUGCUUUUACAAAAUAACUUUAAGUUUUCUAUGAGUUUACCGGCACAAUAAACCAUAGGUUUUUAACCAAUCAGAACGCGCGUACUAUCUUAUUUAUUUUAUAAAUAUGUAUAUGUACACGAAAAAUACUAUUGACCUCUAUAAUGGUCGGGUUGUCGAACACCGUAUGACUAAACCGGGGAGAGGGCACUCAAGAAGUUUUUAUACGGGGAGUCGCCGCCCCGAGGUCCUAUCCCUCCCCUUUUACAUGCCAUUUUUGUUAUAGAAGGUGUCCCUUUUGUAGUUCUGUUGACAAAUAGUACCCUUUUAAGUAACUAGUUCAGAACUCUGCAUCCCAUUUAACUGCUGUAAAUGUACCGUCUUUUAAAUAUAGAGAAAUCACAAAACAGAAAGGAGAAAAAUGAAUGAUCAGAGAAAGUAUUCCCAAUGUAAAUACCCUCUUUUAUCUUUCUUAGGAUGAGAAAAAUCAAGUUUUAACAAGUAACGUGUGGAUAAGACAGGUUGGUCAAGUAAACUUGGAAGCUAAUAGACAAUUCAAUCGUAAAUUACAUAGCUUUCGUCGUUUCUCUGGACCUGAUUUGGGAUAUGUAUCGAUAAAAGCCGAUCUCAGAAAUUUACCUCAAAAAUACUGCAAAAUAUUUGUCCGCAUGCGAUUUUCUUGAAUUUAAGUGGGAUUCAUUGAAAUCAGUUUUGCAAUAAUCUAUUUAUUCCAGUCAAAUCGAAUUUUCAAAUAUUAUUGCUGAAUAAUAACCAAGAGUUUUCCAAAGAUUAUCUAGCCAUGGUCAUAAAGCCGAAAAAGUUAUGGGUCAAACCUUGUCAUAGAUAGCUAUUAAAUGGCCAUCUGCGUGAGAGGCAAUUUUAGAGGUGGACAUUUUUGCCACGCGAACUUGGUAACGGAAUUUUACGACUCCUCUUCAACAAACUAUAUUUUCGUACCCUUCCUUUACAUCUGGGGCAAGACGUUGUCACGGACUAGUAUUCCAUUAAGGGGUUGGUGCGAGGGUCGCAUAAAGGCGCCUUAUACCAUCCAACCAGUUAGCGCACCGUGGCUCAAUUAUAACUCUUAACUUUUUAUUGUUAAUCAUUGCAGCAAUGGCACGAUCCGUGGUUGUCUUGGGAUCCUGCAAAGUACAAUGGACUUAAAUCCAUCAACAUCAGUCCUAAUUUGGUUUGGAAGCCCGACAUUAUUCUUUAUAACAGGUUAGGAAACGCACAUGUAUAUUGUAUAUUGUCGAAUACGCGCUGCAGACAUGCAAGGUAAGGUAAGGUAGCGCUGAGGGAUGCUCAUUCCGUUUCCAAAAGAGCAUUUUUUUUAAGUCGAAGGCAUGCCGGAUUCAAAGAAGCACUUGUUUUAGUCGAAUACGAGGUAUUUUUUACAGUUAAUAUUGUAUGCUUACAUUGCCAUUUUUUUCUUUCAAAAAAAAAUCAUAAAAGUUGAUUUGUAAUUUCUUUGCAUUGGUUAGAAGAUUAUUGUUUCGAGUUCGCGGUUAGUUUGUAUCGGGUGCUCCACUAUUAGGUUCGGCUAAAUCUAUAUAUUAUUUAUUUCCCACAGCGUCAACGAAGAAGGAGAUCACGGUGAACAGUACCUAUUCGACACCAAAGUUAUCGUCAGCAGUGAUGGAACAGCCACGUGGUUCUCUCCUAAUCUCAUCCAAAGCUCCUGCAAAAUCAAUGUCAAAUAUUUUCCUUGGGAUACACAAACUUGCAAACUCCAGUUCGGCUCGUGGACAUUUGACGGGUUAAAACUUGACAUCGUUUUCUAUGGAGAUGCUCCAAGGGCAGAUCUAGGCUCCUUCACUCGGAAUGGAGAAUGGAACCUGUUGUCGGCUGAGGGGAAGAGAAAUGUUAUUUACUAUAGUUGUUGCCCAGAACCUUACCCUAAUCUCACGUUCGACAUCAAAAUCCAACGACGAACAUUGUUUUACAUAAACAACUUGAUUGUUCCUUGUAUUAUUUUGGCACUUCUCACAGCAACAGCGUUUCUGUUUCCGCCGGAAACGGGCGAAAGAAUCUCGCUGAUGAUCACUAUUCUAUUGGGAAUGACUGUGUUUAUGACUGUAGUCGUGGAAGCCACACCCUCCACAUCUGAAGUCACCCCACUUAUCAGCACUUACUUCUCUGUAGUCAUGGUGGUGAUUUCCUUGGGUCUCCUGUGCACGUGCAUCUGUCUCAACCUUGAACAUCAUCACCCUAAAAUGGAGCUAACCGGUUGGUGCCGGUAUAUCCUGUUUGACCUGAUGGGACCUGUUUUGAGCAGGAGCUCGGUGAAGAGACUCAAGAGAAAACAACAGGAAUACAACAGAGAAAUUAAACUCAGCGCAUGUUAUUUGAAAGAAAACCAAGUCGCACCAGAAGAAGAUAAAAUUGCUAUGACCGAUGUUUCGCAGACCGAAAUUAAGAACGUGAAAGUGGUUGGGAAAGAAAUAAAAGUCGCGGGCAUGGAUAAAGUGACCAAGUUCAUCGAUAAGUCGUUAUCUGAAGACAGAAGAAAACUGGAAUGGCACAUUGUCGUGAACAUAAUUGACAAUUUCUUUUUCGUUGUUUUUCUUCUUACUAUUACGGUUUGCUCGCUGAUAAUUUUGAUGCCGAACACCGACAGCUAA